CGGUCGCGUUUUAAUAACAAGUGGGGGGUUGUCGCGAUCGCGAGAGUGGGCGCUCGAAUCGACCGCCUCAGAGAGUGCAGAGGCGCGGGCGUCGCGACUUGGCGUCCUCUAAACACCAACCGACAUCACCUUUGAACCGCGAAACGCGCAACCGAAAACCUACUUUAACACCCGAAAGAUUAACCUCCAAUUCGCCCGUUUAUUGUGAAACAGUGACCCCAUAACACGCGUCCAAUUCGUGUAUAGUGCGGUGCAAAUAUGAACGAGGAUAAUUCUGUAGCGGAGGAUAUGAAAAGGCAGGCUGCGAUGUUCUACAAUACAACUGAAAGGGAUCGGACGAAAGAGAAAGAGCCGAGCCAAAGACUAUGGUUCUGGCAGCAGCGGCGGUACGUGGUAGCUCUGCUGGCGUUCUUCGGCUUCUUCAACGUGUACGCUCUGAGGGUGAACCUGUCUGUAGCCGUGGUCGCAAUGACGGAGCCCGUAGAGACCAAACUGGACAACGGCACUGUGGUUAUGUUGCCGGAAUUCGACUGGAGCUCGCAGACCAAGGGGCUGAUAUUGAGCUCCUUCUUCUACGGGUACCUGGUGACGCAGCUGCCCGGCGGCUGGCUCGCUGCUAAAAUAGGAGGUAACAGGGUAUUCGCGAUCGGCAUCGGGGCGACUUCGCUGCUAACAUUGUUGACGCCACCCCUGGCGUAUACGAGUACGGCCCUGCUCAUUGCUGUACGAGUCGUCGAAGGACUGUUCGAGGGCGCGACGUACCCGUGCAUCCACGCGGUAUGGUCGCGCUGGGCGCCGGCCGGGGAGCGGGCGCGGCUGGCCACCUUCGCGUUCAGCGGCAGCUACGCCGGCACCGUGGUGUCGAUGCCGCUGUGCUCCUUGCUGGCUGCUUACACCGGUUGGCCCGGCAUCUUCUACGUGUUCGGGAUACUAGGCUUAGUUUGGACGAUGAUUUGGUGGUUGGUAGUCAAAGAAUCUCCGGAGAAGGACCCCCUCGUCUCACCCGCUGAACUUAAAUACAUACAGGAAUCCCGAGGAAGCUUGAUAGAAGGCAACAAGAUCCGUCACCCGUGGCGGGCCAUGCUGACUUCCGGGCCAGUAUGGGCCAUAAUCGUGGCCCACUUCAGCGAGAACUGGGGAUUCUACACGCUGCUUACUUUCCUACCCACCUUCAUGAAAGAUGUCUUCCACUACGAGACAUCGCAGACCGGCUUUCUAUCGGCCGUUCCCUACCUAGCGAUGGCAAUCGUUUUACAAGUGGCCGGUCAUCUCGCUGAUUGGAUGCUGCAGCGGGGAUGCAUGUCCCGGACCAACUUAAGGAAACUGUUCAACUGCGGCGCCUUCCUCUCCCAGACGGUGUUCAUGGUUCUAGCUGCGUACGCGACUACGGCUACGUCGUGCGUGGCUUUCCUCACUGUAGCCGUAGGGCUCGGCGGUUUCGCGUGGGCUGGGUUCAGUGUGAACCAUUUGGACAUCGCACCUCCCCACGCGAGCGUAUUAAUGGGAAUCUCGAACACCAUAGCCACGCUGCCGGGCAUCGUGAGUCCUCCCCUUGCCGGCGCCAUAGUCACGGACAACAGUGCGGAGCAGUGGCGUAUAGUUUUCUUCAUAUCAAGCGCCAUCUAUCUAUUCGGGGCCAUAGUUUACGGGAUUCUAUGCUCGGCCGAGAAACAGCCCUGGGUACUGACGCCCACGCCCAGCGCUGGGCAUGACAAUAAUGCAUUAGACUAUAGCUCGGAAAUGUGAACUUUUACUGUAGAAUAUUCUAAAGGAAAUUUGACUAGAAAAAAAAUUCAACUCGCUCGAGGUUGCAAACUGUACUAGAGUUAUCCGAGUUGAAUUUUUUCAAGUAAAUUUUGAUUAAGCUUAAAAUUAAAAUUAUAAUAAUCUAUUAGACAAUUCUGUUAAAUCUUAUAAAGUAACACCCGGUUUCUGAAAGGCCGUUCAACGAUAAAAUUAACUACAAUGCUGACGGGUCAUGUCAGUUCUUUAUGGCGACGAAUUAAAGUAUAUUUUCGUACCUUUUUUUACUAGAUCGAAAGUAUCUAUAAGUAUUUUCUUUCGGAAACAAAUUGAUUUUGUUAAAUUUUAAGGGCAUGCUAGUUGAAUAAUGGUUUGAAAAGCUUUUGAGAAACCGGGUGUACAGUUCGGAAAUGUAAAAGUUAUCUGUUGAAAAUUCUGUUAAAACCAAUAUGCAUUUCUGACAACAAGUAAUUUAAAAUCUUUUCAUUUAACUGUAAAUGUUAUACAUUGAACUUUUAUUUUAUGAGUACGAAUCCUCUUUAUCAAGCAACAACAAAAAUUGUCUUUCUAUUUUCUAUUUAAUGUCUAUUGGCCCUUCGUUGUUCUCUUGGGACAAUUUUGGAAAUACAUAUAAGAAAACGUGAUGUAGAUAAAAUGAAAAAGUAAUUCAAUUAAAUUCCACUGUAAACUUAAAACUAAAUGUAACAUCAGUCUCUCCUUUCAAUUAUGUAUAGAGAAUAACAAGGAUACACUGUUGUCAAAUUUAAGUUUAGGUUUAGAGAAAUAUGUCAGAAUUGACACCAUUGAGGUAUAAAAACAUGUUGACACCCAAUCACCUAGCAAAAGUGCAUCAAAAAUCGUCCUAGUGGCGCUGUGUUAUACAUAUAUGAACAUAUUCAGAUGACAUUAACACAUUUGUUCAAAUUAACACUUUAUUUCGUGGCAGUAAGGCCGUAUACAGAAAGAAAGCCGAAAGCCGAUCGGCGCCCAUCAGCGCCGAUCGGCGCUUAUCGGCGCCUAUUGACGCUGAUCCUUUUUCUAUGGACCGGCGCCGAUAAGCGCCGACACGCGCUGGUCCGAAUAAUAAAUAAUUUGUAUUUGAAUUAUUAUCCUUAGAUUAAAUCAAUCUAAGUUAUAAUCUUUUUAUAAAU